AUGAGCUUCGACAAGCUGUGGAAGAACGCGGGCCUCCUCGCCAUUGCCGGCUCCGAGACCACGUUCACGCUCCCCUCCGGCGCCCUUUUCCUCCCGUCGGCCCACGCGGACACGCUCCCUAAGCUGAAAGAGGAGGUUUGGUUGAUGUUCCGAGACAAAGCCGACAUUAUCUUGUCCAUGCCUAUCAAGGCGCCACGCUUAACGCCCAAGGCGGUGUCGUCACUGCAGGAGAUCCCGUGUCUGAAAAAAGAAAUAAGGACGACCGUUGGUGUGUGGCACUGGGCCACCUACCGCUCGACGGAACAGUUCACGCAGGCCGAGGAACUCCAUCUCGAGCGCUUCCUGGGUCAAGAACCCAGAUACGCAGACGAUAGACCGGAUGCCGUGCAGCCCUUCCCUGUCGGGCCGCGCGACUGUCUUGGAAGAAACUGA